AUGCACACAACGCCAAUGGUGGAUUGGGAACCAGUUCGGGGGGCGCCAUCGCCGCUAACCCUCGAGAACCUUGACGCCCUCAACGAGCUGGGUAACACGAGCGUCUAUCUCACCUCCCACGAAGGGUCCAACGCGGAUCCUCGGCCGGGAUGGUUUCACGGAACUAGCCCUGACAGCUCAGGAGAGACGGUGGACACCGUUUCGUCGUGCAUGAUCCUUGUUGACCACGGUGAUGCGACCGACAAUUCGAGCGGGACGCUGGAUGCAUUUUAUUUCUACUUUUAUGCGUAUAACAAAGGAAACACCGUCUUAGACAUGGAAUUCGGUGAUCAUGUCGGGGAUUGGGAGCAUAACAUGAUUCGAUUCUGGGACGGUGUGCCGCAGGCCAUCUGGUACAGCCAGCAUGCUGGGGGCCAGGCCUUUACGUACGCGGCCACGGAGAAGAAGGGCAAGCGGCCGAUAGCAUAUUCAGCCAACGGGUCGCAUGCUGUCUAUUCGAUCUCUGGGUCUCACGACCACACCAUUCCGGGGCUGAACCUGCCGUUCGGGCUGAUUGUCGACUACACCGACCAAGGGGUGUUGUGGGAUCCCUUGCUCAGUGCUUAUGCAUACCAAUACGACGCUGGCCGUCAGACGUUCCAGCCCUACGACCCCAGCUAUCCGGUCAACUGGCUGGAUUUCAACGGGCAAUGGGGGGAUGAUGCCCUUCCGGAUGGCCCAAAGAAGUUUGGCGUGGCACAAUACGCGGGAGGGCCCAACGGACCCAAGUUUAAGAAGCUCGUCCGGACAGAGGUAUGUCCGAGCGAGCCGUGCAUUGUGCUGCCCUUCCGAAUUUGGAGUCAGGAAACGUAG